CCCAUCCCUAGAGACACCUAAGGUCAGGCUGGACAGGGCUCUGAGCACCUGAUCAGCUGUAGGUGUCCCUGUUCAGCGCAAGGGAGUUGAACCAGAUAGCCUCGAAGGGUUCCUUCCAAUGAUUCUAUGAACACCUAGAGCAGAUGCAUGACAGUGCCUGUUCCCACUUCCCUAACAAUGAGGAAACCAAAGGACACUGGCAGUAUCUCCUUUCUGAGCCCAUCACCCAGGCCUGCACACAUGGGGAGUGAAGCUGCUGCGGGUGCAGCGCUUUCUGUUCCUCGCAGCUCACAAAAUCUCAUCCGCAUUCCAGGUCCUCCAGCCAUCACCAGGGCCUGUAGGGAUGUGAAACCAUCUGGCAGGCAGCGAUCAAAUAUCCUGCUGAAGUGUAAUUUCCCUUUCUACAACAAAAUUAAGAAAGGGGAAAUUCUUUGCAAUCGAUGCUAGACUGAAAAAAGAAAUGAGGGGCCUUGAAGAUGUUUUGGCAUGGCACUGGGCUCACCCUUCUGCGCGUCCAGAGAAGGACCAUGAAGCUGUGAAGGGCCUGGACACAAAUCUUACAGGCAACAGCUGGGGGAGCUGGGAUGGUUCAGUCUGGAGAAGAGGAGGCUUAGGGAAACCUUACUGCUCUCUGCAACUGCAUGGCAGGAGGUUGUGCUGAGGCGGGGGUCAGCCUCUGCUCCCAGUAACAGCGAUAGGGUGAGAGAAUGGCCUCAAGUUGCAGGGGGGAGGUUCAGGUUGGACGUUAGGAAAAAGGUCUUCUCCGAAAGAGCUGUGACGCAGUGGCACAGAGGUGGUGUGGUCACCCUUCUAGAGGUGCUCGAGAACCGUGGGGAUGUGGCACUGAGGGACACGUGGACUGGGGUUGGAACUGGGUGAUCUUAGCGCACUUUUCCAACCCUGAAGCUUUUGUGACUCCCCACCCUCACAGGUUGGUGGCCAAACGAAGCGCAGACCGUGCCUAGAGCCCACCAGAGCUUUCCCUGGCCCUAAACCACGGCACUGCCCAGCUCCCUGCAGGCAGCGCUGAGCGGAGGUGACUGACCGAGCGUGGACAGACCAUGAACUCAUCUCAGAGGCCACCCGGCACCCCUGGCCGGCCCGUCGAACUGGAAACCUCAGCGGUGCCCGGCCCGCGAGCUCGGCAAGGCGGUGCCGCGGCCGCAUGGAGCCGCCGGCGGAGGGCGGCAGCGAAAUGGCGGCGGCGCUGGCGGCCGCCAAGCGGACGCUGCGAGCGGAGCUGCGGCACAGACUGCGGGCCCUGGGCGCGGCGGAGAAGCAGCGGCAGUCCCGGCUGCUGAGUCGCAAGGUGAUUGGGCAUUCCAAGUACCAAGAAUCCAAAAGAAUUGCAAUCUUCCUGAGCAUGCCAGAUGAAAUCCAGACAGAAGAAAUCAUUAAGGACAUUUUUAAGCAAGGCAAAGAGUGUUUCAUCCCACGUUACAAACCUCACAGCAAUCACAUGGACAUGCUGAAGUUGUCAUCAGCUGCAGACAUCUCUUCACUUACUUUGACAUCCUGGAAUAUUCUUCAGCCUAGUGAUGAUGACAGCGCAAGAGAGGAAGCUCUUGCUGGCGGCGGUCUUGACCUUAUCUUCAUGCCAGGCCUAGGGUUUGACAAAAAAGGCAACAGAUUGGGAAGAGGGAAAGGAUAUUAUGAUACCUAUCUUGGAAGAUGUAUGAAACAUCCCAGUGGAAAGCCUUACACGAUUGCCUUGGCAUUUAGGGAACAGAUUUGUGAAUCUGUACCUGUGACAGAAAAUGAUGUCCAAGUAGAUGAAGUCCUUUAUGAAGACUGCUAGAAGUGCCUUGAUACCAUCCUGCCUUCAGGUGACCAACCAAAGACUUCAUGUCCAUCAGUCAGAACUUUGCUAAUAGCCAUAUAUGAUGCUGGAGGCAGUAAAAUAUAUUAUUUGUCUUUGAGCAGCAAGAACAACAACAACAAAAUACAACAAUGUAAAUGUGGUAAUGGUAGUGCAAAUUGCAUUGAUUUGUUUCUAAUUAACAAAUAUCUGUAGUGAAUUCUUAUUCUAGAACCAAUAGAAAUAAGAGUAUGCGACUCUUUAUUAACUAGGAGUCAUUUCUUCUCAUCAUACUUAUGAGGAACAAGCUACAUGAUACUGCACAGUUUUAUUAUUGCAGUUUCCAAGUGAACUGCCUACUGCUACAGAGAAGACCUACAGCAAGCUGGGCUGAAAAAGUCUGAGCUGAUUUUUCUGUAUUCAAAUAACACUGAUUGUUUGCUUGGCUCUUUAAAGUGGUCUCACAAUAAAAGGAGUAUCUGCUAAUAACAAAA